AUGGCGCCUUUGUAUCCUGGGCGUGAGAUUGGGGCCUACGGUGUCACUUUAUCUCCUCAGGAGCAGUCUCCAUCUCCAUCAUCUUUAUCACUGUCUCCAUCAUCUCCAUCUCCAGCUCAUUAUCUCCAUCUCCAUCAUCUCUAUCUCUCUCCCCAUCUCUAUCAUCUCCAUCAUCUCUAUAAUCUCUGUCUCCAUCAUCUCCAUGAUCUCCAUCUCCAUCUCAUCAUCUCCAUCUCCGUCUCCAUCAUCUCCGUCUCCAUCAUCUCCAUCUCCAUCAUCUCCAUCUCCAUCAUCUCCAUCUCCAUCUCCGUCUCCAUCAUCUCCGUCUCCAUCAUCUCCAUCAUCUCCAUCUCCAUCAUCUCCAUCAUCUCCAUCUCCAUCAUCUCCAUCAUCUCCGUCUCCAUCAUCUCCAUCUCCAUCCCCAUCAUCUCCAUCUCCAUCAUCUCCAUCCCCAUCAUCUCCAUCUCCAUCAUCUCCAUCAUCUCCAUCUCCAUCAUCUCCAUCUCCAUCAUCUCCAUCUCCGUCUCCAUCAUCUCCAUCUCCAUCAUCUCCAUCAUCUCCAUCUCCAUCAUCUCCAUCUCCAUCAUCUCCAUCUCCGUCUCCAUCAUCUCCAUCUCCAUAAUAUCCAUGAUCUCCAUCAUCUCUGUCUCCAUCAUCUCCAUGAUCUCCAUUUCCAUCUCAUCAUCUCCAUCUGCAACUUCUCCAUCUCCAACUUCUCCAUCUCCAUCUCCAUCAUCUCCGUCUCCAUCAUCUCUGUCAUCUCCAUCUCCUAAUGCUUUAUUAAGACAGUCUGUGGCUAUGCUCAAAGGAAACAGAAAGGAGAAAUUUAGAGCAGAAGUGAGAGAGAUUACUCGGGAGAACGGAAGCGACCUGAUCCAAGUGGAGGAACCAGCCCGGGGAAAUGCUAGCUCUCCAGUCCACAAACCGUGGGCCAGGCUGCUGCCCAGGGCCUGGCCUGCGGUGCUUCCAGUGUUGGAGGGAAACGGAGCUGCAUCUGUCAGACAUCAGUGUUGCCGUCAGAUAGUAUGACAUUCCUUUCAGUGACAUCAUACUUCGCACAGCAGGCUUUCUGGGGCUUGACGGGAUAGAGGGGUGCUGUGGACAGUGGGUGUGGAAUGCGCCAGCAGAGCAAGGCCCCACCUGACCGCAAUGGGGGAGGGGUCAUGCGGGCCGCAGGUGGCACUUCGGCAGGGACUUCAAAAGGUCAGUGGGAAAUCUGACUUCAAGGCGAGAUUACUUUGUGCACAACGUUUUUGAAAUCUGUGUUUUUCAUCAUAUACGUUUUCAGGAACUUUUUGAACACGUUUGGAACACAUUUGUAAGUACUCAAGGCUUUUUUAAAAAAGUGUAACUUUUAAGUUUAUGUGUACCAUGUUUUCAGACGGCCACCACAUCCUUUAGGACAUAACACUACGUUUUACUAAAAGAAGCCGGUAGGGACUUACUUGGGCCGGGUGGUCAUGAAAAGGUUACUGAGAUGCGAUGACAUGGUGCCAGCUUGGAGCAUUUGGGAACUUCCGGUCUAACCUGUGCUGGCUGCCUGGCGUUCCCCGAGGGCGGCCGGUGGAGCCUGUGCUCGCGGGGUCUGUGCAGGGAGGCGCCCUCACCUUCCUCCGCGCCCUGCACCCUCGCCCUGCCCAUAGCGCAACUGCCCGCGCCUCACUCUGUUUUGCGUGGUCCGUCAGGUACCUCACCUGCUUCAAGGUUAAGGCUAGAGUUAGUUUGUUAUAUUCGAAAAGCAGAGAGACAGGCACAGAGAGAUCUGCCGUGAUGGUUCAUGUCUUAAAUACUUGGAGCAGCCAGGGGUGUACCAGGCCAAGGCUGGGAGCCAGAACUUUUUUUUUUUGACAGGCAGAGUGGACAGUGAGAGAGAGAGAGACAGAGAGAAAGGUCUUCCUUUGCCGUUGGUUUACCCUCCAAUGGCCGCCGCGGCGGGCGUGCUGCUGCAGGCGCAUUGCACUGAUCCGAAGGCAAGACUUCUCCUGGUCUCCCAUGGGGUGCAGGGCCCAAGGACUUCGGCCAUCCUCCACUGCACUCCUGGGCCAUUGCAGAGAGCUGGGCUGGAAGAGGGGCAACUGGGACAGAAUCCGGCACCCCGACCGGGACUAGAACCCGGUGUGCCGGCGCCGCAAGGCGGAGGAUUAGCCUAGUGAGCCACGGCGCCGGCCUGGGAGCCAGAACUUAAUCCAGCUCUCCCAACUAUUCGCACCAUCAUCCGCUGCCUCGAAGAGCUGCGUCAGCAGAAAGCUGGGAUUAGAGGUGGAGUGGGGGCUCGAACCUGGGCACUCUGAUCCGAGUCGGGGCAUCCUAAGCAGUCUUAACCUCUGUGGCCAAGCGCCCACCCUGGAUAUUUAUUGUUUGUGUUGUUUAUUGUGUGUUCUGCUGAGUAGUACAGGUCUGGGCUCGUGCAUUACAGACUCAGAGACAGUGCCUGGCACACAGCCCUCUUGGUGAUUAUUUGUUCAUUGUCCUGGGUAUCUCGAGCCUGGUAAGUACACGUUUUUAUGUAUCUUUGUUGUAUGAAGUUACACUGAAGAAAGUAACUUAGGAGCUCUUUCUUGCUCGGGAUUUUGGGGAUUGCUAAGAUGGAAGAACCGUUAACUGUCAUUUUUGUUGGUGUCACUGUGCUUAAAUAUGUUCUUGUGUCUUUGCAUCAUGGCGUGAGCUAGUGAAUGGGCCAAGGACCCUGUUCCUGCUCUUCCUGGUUAUCCAUUCUUUAAGAGGAGUCCCACGGUUUCCAAGAGCUAUGCUUGCUGAAUUCCUUUAAUUCCAUCCAUCAGCUCAUUCCCUAAAUGACUGAAAUGGCCAGGGCUGGGCCAGGCUGGAGCCAGGAGUCAGGAACUCCAUCCAGCUCUCCCAUGUGGGUGGCAGGGGCCUGAGUACUUGGCCAUCUUCUGCUUUCCUAGAUGUGUUAGCCCUGGAGCUGGACAGGAAGUGGGACAGCAGGGACUCGAACAGUUUAACCCACUGUGCCACAACACCGGCCCCUAGUCAGUAUCUUAAAACCAAGGAUAGGGAUGGUCAUUUUGGCAUUAGAGAGAGGGCUCCAGCUCUCCAAGAGAGAGAGCUCCUUCCACAGCUCUCCACAGAACAUGCAUAGCUCCGUGGUCUUGAUAAAUCCACUAAUUAUAAAAGCAAACUAUAGAAAUUAAAGAAAAAUAACAAAUAUUGAUGUCAGGGAAUCUACUAUUUUUACAGUGAAUACAUAGUUUAUAUAAAAAAGAAGAGGGGAUGUUAUUAGUAAGGAAAUUGACCUAUGAGAAGACACGUGGAGCUAUCCGGGGAGAAGGAGGAGGAGGAAGCCGGAUCACGGUGAGGAUUCGCGGGGAGGAGUGCGAGCAUGUUUUUCUCCAGGCCUCGUGAGCAUCGUUUCACUGCACGGGGGUCAGCACUGCAGCCACAGGAGCCCACGACAGGUGGUCACCGAGCAGCGCAGGGCGCAGGCGCUGCAGCGAACGGACGGCGCAGAGAUGUGGCCUGUGCCCCGUGAGGCCGCGGGGACCGUGUAGCGAACACAGGCACUUGCACGUGGCCAGGCCCCGCCGAGCCGCUCCCAGGCAGCCUCAGUCCAGACGCGGGCUCCUGUCCUGUCUCCAGUUCUCGCGAGGGACCCCCUACUCUUUGGACACCACAGAUCGACUCAUCUGUAAAUGCAAAUCCUAGCAGAAUGUACAGCCAGUUUUUAUGAUGUUUCUUAUUUUAUAGGCUCAUAAAAGCAACUUUAAUGCUUUAUGUUAGGUUGAACCAUAAAAUGAUCCUUUUUGUAGGUCGAGAUGGUUGAAUAUUGGCAAUUUUGUGUAAUUUGGUCCCAUUCUGUUAGUGGGCUCCAUAGCUUUGGCUAAAGCCGUGCUAGUGGCUGUGAUGCCACUGAGACAUGAGGUAGUUUCUGACGGGGGGAUUCAGGCUUUUGUCUCCAUUUCCACGAGAUCUGUGGUCUGGAGAAGGCGGGGUGGGAGGGAGCCACUUGCUCCUCUGCUCCCCGAGACCCAGGUCACCGUUUGGAGAACGUGCGCCUGUGGGCAGGAGGCCUCUGGUCAUAAAUGUGUUGCACUUCUACUCCCAGAGAAGAACACACGGGAUCCUGGCCCGGGACCCUUCGUUCCCCUCGUCCUGGAGGGAGCUGUGAGGCCGUGUCGAUGGGUUCCCCCCGGGCCUGCCUGCCUGCAGGAUGGGUUUUGCUGACUCCUUAUUAAUUUUCCAGAGGAGCAGUCCCAGAUCUCCACAGCUCUGCCUUGCCCUGUCAGGUGAUGACCCCUAAAGGUUCUGGAAAGUUCUGGAUAAAGUGGUCAAAGGACGCUGGGCUGGUCCCAGCCAGAGGUUUAUGUUCAUAUCAGUGUAGGUGAGGCAAAAGCAUCUCAUUUAAAAUUUUUUAAAAAUUUACUUGAGGGGUAAGUCACAGACAGAGAGAGGGAGAGAGAGAGAGAGGGGUCUUGCAUCUGCUGGUUCACUCCCCAGCUGGCCACAUUGGCCGGAGCUGCACUGAUCCGAAGCCAGGAGCCAAGAAACUUCUUCCUGGUCUCCCAUGCAGGUGCAGGGGCCCAAGCACUUGGGCCAUCCUCCACUGCUUUCCCAGGCCACAGCAGAGAGCUGGACUGGAAGUGGAGCAGCCAGGUCUCGAACUGGUGCCCACAGGGGAUGCUGGCACUGCAGGCAGCGGCUUUUCCGGCUGUGCCACAGAGCCGGCCCCUCAGUUUUCUCAUAUGGGCCACGUGGUCUCUUGUUUCAGCAGCAGGCGUGCACCUCAGUGCAGCUUUCCAGCUCCUGGCAAGCGUGUGUGGCUCGUCACCGCUGUUGUCACAGCCGCCUGGGGCUCACCCAUUCUGGCCUCCGGGCAGCACCGUCUCCGCCCUCUUCACAGUUCCCAGAGGGGAUUCUAGACAGGUGUCCAGCCGGCGGAACCACAGCGCGGGUCUUCUGUGAGCUCGGGCGUUUGCAGUGAGAGCCCUGUGGUGGCCCUGACUCGGCAAAGGCAGGGCUGAGCCCCUCAGUGCUGGCAGGUUCCGGGUGACCUCUCGUGAGUCGUCUGCUUGCGUCCUUACGCUGACCUCAAGAAGUGGACUCUGCAAGUGCUCUGUCCCUUGGCUACACAGGAGGUCGAGCACCUUGUUUGAGAGUAUCGCACCCUCAUUCUGUUCUUCCACCUGAGAGGCGGGCCUCUGGGGGCUGGGUCCCCUUCUUAAACACUCCCCUCCGCAGGUCUACACCACGUGUGGUUAGGACGGAGUGGACACUGUUGGGUCGCACCGGAUGAGGGCAGGCACAGCACUGAGAAGAGGACACCCGUGGUGCUACUGUUGCAGUUCUGAAUCUGGGCCGAUCCUGCCGCACAGCCCUGCCGCGGGGCCUGGCGGGGAAGUGGUGCAGAAUCGUUUCCUCACUUCACCACUGUUCUUCCAGAUCCCCUGAACUCUUGCCCCCGGGAGUGGGCACCUGGACAACAUGUGCUGAAUGGGUGAGUGAGUGCGCGUGGAAGGCGGCGUGACAGGUGCACUGCUCUGUGCCCUGAGCACACCGGCUCUGUGACACCUCCUGGGUGUCUCCUGCGCCUUCCGUCCUCGGCCUCCACCUGAACUGCCCCGCCGGUGCCGUCUCCACCAAAUGUCGCCUGCUCUUGGGUGACUUGUCCCACGGCCACCGUUUCGCAGAGGGGCCUCACAGCGCAACCUUCUGUCCUUUGGCGGCCAGUGUGUUUUCCUUGUGUCGCCAUCAAGCACAUACGUGACGUCUUCCUCUUCAGAACUCAAGGUCUCUGAGAGCCUACCCUGCUGCGUUCCUCUUUGUACCUCGGACGCUGCCACAUUUAGCAGACGUCGCACAGGCUCACUUCUCAGCCUGUUUUGUGCAGUGAAGUGUUCUUUCUGUAUCGUAAUACCGAUAGUCAAAA